AUGGCGGGCGCUCUGCAGGCUCCUCGCUCCUGUCCUCCGAAGGAAGAGAAGGAGGAGGAGGAGGAGGAUCAGGAACAGCCCGAAGGAGGGAAGGAGCAGAGAGUGAGUGAGGAGGAGGGAAGAGCAUCAGCAGGAGCAGCUGAAGGAGGGAGGGGGGAUGAAGACGUGCACGUGGAGUGGAAGGAGGGAGAACCGGUCCCUUUCAGCCACCUCAGCAGCACCCUGGACAGGGUACAGGGCACCUCCAAGAGACUUGAGAUCAUCUCCAUCGUGACUGCUGCGUUGAGUACCGUCCGCCGACUUACACCUGAUGACCUUGUUCCCUUCGUCUACAUCAUGCUGGGUCGCGUCGCUCCUCCCUUCAAGGGCCUCGAGCUCGGCGUCGGCGACAGCGUGCUGGUGCAGGCGAUCGCUGCGGCAUCAGGGCAUGAGACGUCCAAGAUCAAGGAGGAGUACAAGAAAGUUGGAGAUCUGGGACAGGUGGCAGUGGCAACAAGAAGGAACCAGCUCUCCCUCUCUCCCGUUCGGGCCCUCACCGUCCGGAGCGUCUUCGAGGCCAUGAAGUCUGCGGCUGCCAUAGAGGGGAGCGAGUCAGUCAAGCAACGGCGCGAUAUUAUCCUCUGCCUCCUCGUCGCUGCCAGGGGCAACGAGUCGCUCUGGAUCACCCGCAUCCUCCAAGGCAAGUUGCGGGUGGGGCUGGCAGAGCCGUCAGUCAUCAGCGCUCUAGCCGCCACCUUCGUCCUCCAUCCUCCAGCAUCCUCUUCCUCCUCUUUCCCCUCUCCUCUUCCUCCUCCUUCCCUUUCCCCCGAAGAGUUCAAGAAGGAGAGCAGCAUAGCGACCGAGGCGCUGAAGGAGGCGCUGGCCCAGCAGCCCUGCUACGAGACUGUCGUCCCCAUCCUGCUCGAGCACUCCUACCAGCAGCUCCCUGUUCUCUGCCCUCUCACCCCUGGGGUUCCCGUCAAGCCGAUGCUCGCCCAUCCGUCUCGGGGAGUGUCCGAAGUGACCAAGAGGUUCGGCAACAAGACUGUCACGUGCGAGUACAAGUACGACGGCGAGAGGAGUCAAAUCCACUGGCUGGAGGAUCAGAAGGUCAAGGUGUUCAGCAGGAACUCAGAGGACACUACUGGCAAAUUCCCAGACAUCGUCGAGCUGCUGCCGAAGAUCGUCGAGGGAGGAGGCGUCAAGUCAGCCAUCCUGGACUGUGAGGUCGUGGCGGUGGAGAGGGCAACGAAUCGUAUCCUCCCAUUCCAGAUUCUGUCGACCCGAGCUCGCAAGAAUGUUCAGCUCAGCUCCUUGAAAGUUGACGUCUGCGUCUUUGCGUUUGACAUCCUCCUCCUUAACGGAGAAAGUCUCAUGCGCCGCCCCCUCAUUGAGAGGAGGCAGAUCCUGCGACAAAACUUGAGGGAAGUGGAGGGAAGGUUCAAAUUCGUCUCUUCCAUCGACCCAACCUCGCCGGAGGACAUGGAGGAGUUCUUUCAGGUGGCCCUUCAGGACAGCUGCGAGGGGCUCAUGAUCAAGAGCCUCGAGGGCGAACCGUCGCAAUAUGCGCCGGACAAGCGGUCGAGGGAAUGGCUCAAGCUCAAGAAGGACUACAUAGAGGGGAUGGUCGAUACCUUCGACCUCGUCGUCGUCGGGGCAUGGCAGGGCCGAGGGAAGCGCACGGGGGUUUACGGAGCCUUCCUGCUCGCCUGCUACAACUCGGAGACUGACGAGUUCGAGACAGUCUGCAAGUUGGGCAACGCAAAAGUCCCGGAAGGUCCCAACCAGCCUGACGUCUGGUUUGACCCUUCGACGGUCUGGGAGAUAUCAGCUGCGGAUCUCUCCCUUUCACCGCAGCACACGGCCUGCUACGGGGUUGUCCAUGCUUCCCGCGGCAUCGCUCUCCGUUUCCCUCGCUUCGUGCGAGAGCGAGAGGAGAAGGGGGCGAGCCAGGCGACCACCUCCCAGCAGGUCAAGGAGAUUUUCUCCCAGCAGCGGAACGUUCAGUCAGGAGAGGAGAGCGAUGCUAGUACCAGCUGA